GUCCAGCCCUACUCCCUACAUUUCCCAAGCUCUUUGUUUUGUUGUUUAACUUCUUCUUGAUAUUCAUCAUGAUUCUUCAAUUCCCACCUGCUUCCCUCACACUAUCUGCCCUCAUGAUGGUUAAUGAAGGGCACUUGACAAAGUGCAAGUCUCUUACAGAAGACUGACAAACUACGGAAAAUGAACGUCAGGCAAUGCGUACCGCUUCCCAAUGCAAGCAGCUCUAACAGCUCGUUAUUCUGACAGCAUUUUGGGAGCGAACCACGAACUCAGAUUGGUCACUCAUGCUGUAAAUCUCGCCAAUAAUUUCAGCCAUCAAUUUCAUCAAAAGGCACACCUAUGUCGGUUCGAUACUCGCGAACGCGCAAAAUCCGGCAGUACAAACGAUGUUCAAAAUGACAAAAAUGAAACUGAAACGCCCGAUCAAACACCCGCUGAGAAGGCUACCGAAAAGGGUUCCGAAAAGCCCACACAGGGCUCUGAAACCCUACCUUCAGCCCAAGACAUACCUAUCUGAAAUAUGUCAUUCGAUAUUGACUUCGAUGCCUUCCGUGACCUGGACAACAUCAUUUCGAAGAGCAGUGAUCUUGAGGACCCCUGAGAGAGCAUCAUGGAAUGAGUGAAGAUACUGUAUAUUCAGUCAGGUAGUAUAGAGCUAGGAAGUUUGAACACUACUAUCCUUUCCAUUGCAUUCAAGCAGCAGUCCAGCAAAUGGCCCGAAAUGACACAGAACUACAUGAGUCGCUUCAUAGUGGUUGUCCAUCGCUUCAUGGUAACAUCAUUA